AUUCGUUUACGGACGUAAGCAGGUUCUUCGCCGACGGGUGAUAUUAGUUUCCAAAUCCAAAAACUGUUUCGUACAAUAAAGAAAGGGGAAAAUCAAGAAGAUCAAACAAAGUUUAGUGUCACUCUGAAGGUAGCAACCGGUAAACAAUUCUUCAUCGAUGGAAGGCGAGAUUGACAAAGAAGAACUGAAGGCUGCCGGAGCUCAGCUCCUUCCCGACGGUCGAACUGGUUUAGUCAUUAACGGCUGGGAGAUCGAAACUCGAAAGUUCCCCAUCCUCAAUUCCACACAUGUCCAACUUUGGGAACAAAAGCUUCAGACCUCCCACUUGCCUGAAAUGGUUUUUGGCGAAAGUUCACUGGUUCUGAAGCACUUGAAGAGCGACGUUAAAAUUCAUUUCAAUGCAUUUGAUUCUCUAGUUGGUUGGAAGCAGGAAAAGUUACCACCAGUUGAAGUCCCUGCAGCAGCAAAAUGGAAAUUUAGGAGCAAACCUUUCCAGCAAGUGAUAUUAGACUAUGACUACACAUUUACAACACCAUAUUGUGGAAGUGAAACUGUCGAGAAAAGCUUAGAGCAAAGGGAGACAAUCUCUGAUGAAGGCAGCUGCAAGCUUCAUUGGGAGGACUGUGAGGAACGAAUUGAUUUGACUGCUCUGGCAUCAAAAGAACCUAUUCUCUUCUAUGAUGAGGUGAUCUUUUAUGAAGAUGAAUUAGCUGAUAGUGGAGUGUCACUAUUAACAGUUAAAGUGAGGGUCAUGCCAAGUUGUUGGUUCCUUCUCUUGCGUUUUUGGCUUAGAGUUGAUGGUGUGCUUAUGCGUUUAAGAGACACACGUAUGCAUUGCAUAUUUGGUGAGAGUAAUAAACCAGUUGUUCUGAGAGAAUGUUGCUGGAGAGAAGCCACGUUUCAAGCACUAGCUUCUAAAGGAUAUCCUUCUGAUUGUGCUGCGUAUGUUGAUCCAACCAGCAUCAGCCAAAGACUUCCCAUCAUUUUGCACAAGACCCAAAAGCUUAAAAUUCCUAAUUAACCUGUACGCUUAAAUUAAUCCUUCAUAGUCUGGAAAUGCUUUUAUUUAUCUUUAUCCAACGGGGAAUUUGUUUGUA